GUAAAAAUUACACGUUAAAACUAUUUGAAAAGAGAAAGAAAAGAACUAAAUUUUUAACCAACACAAAGAUGUGAAAAAAAACGACAGUUAAAUUAUUCCAACAAUUGGGAUGAUGGCAUUGACAACACUAUCACAAAAACAAUUGAAUUUUGCUCGUUUUUCAAUACUUUGCGUUGAUAUCGUCAAACUUCCCCUUGUCGACAUUUUGGACAUAUUUGUCAAACCCAAUGAGCUAGUGAGGAAUAUAAGAAAAUGUCAUUCGUUAAAAACUGGAGAACACAAACUAAAUGCAAAACAAUGGGCAGAGUGUCGUUGCUCUGACUUAUCCCCAAUAGUGAUUGAUUAUCCUAAUUACAAGGAUUUUGAUGUAACUUUGCUGUACAAACUCAUAAGGAAUCUAUGUCCUUCACUGGAACCAACAAACAAAUGGGGAAACAAACCAACAAGAAAAGACCUGAGUGUUGGGGACGAUAUCGAACGAAUUCGAGAGCUCAGAAACGCAUGCUUUGCACACACUGAAUCAGCAGAAAUCUCAAACGACGACUUUGAGGAGCUCUGGAAGGCUGCAAAAUCUAUGAUUUUUAGAUUGCAAGAUUUUACGACAAGCAAAGGAGUUGACGCCGACUACAUUCAAAGGAUUUUGAAUUUACAAAGAAAAGCUUUGACUUUUAAAGAGUACAUUUCCUGCAGACAACUUCCCGGAGCAAUUUACAUUGGUGGGGAAACAAGCGUACCUUGCGGAACAACAGCUCACUUUAUAGCUGCAAUUACACUAGAACAAGUAGAUCAUUUGCCAGUCAGCUGGGACAGAGUAGAACGAUUGGUGAGGACACAGAUAGACAUAGAAGAUGAGAAGUACAGGGGAAGUGACGAUACGCAGCUCAUUAUCCGCAACGUGUGUAAGGAAGAUGAAGGAAGAUAUCAAGCGGUUAUCUCACGAAAUCAAGACGUCAAAAUAUUUAGUAAUGAACUUUUUCUACAUCCAAUCGGAGAACCACCGUGUUUAGAAGAGUUUGAGUUAAAAGUUACGUCACAAAACGAAGAAAUUUUUAUACACUAUGUGUUUAAAGACUUGGGAUACUCUUCUAAUGUUGAAAAAAUAAGAUGGACAAAGAAUUCAUUAACGCUAGAUCUGUCAAACAACAAAUAUGGUGAAGGACAAUCAACAGAGAAUUGUAUUACAAUUACAAGUCCAGGUGAAAAAGACAUAGGAGAAUAUACCUGUAUAGUUUCAAACGCUGCGGGAACCGUUUCAAAGAGUGUGAAAUUAGACAUACCAAGUGCACAGAUACUGUCAACAACAAAGGUUGGUUUUGGGUCAGAUACUAGAUUUGACUGUCUUUUAUCUGGAUACCCUCUUCCUGACAAAGUGGAAUGGGAGAACAGUCUUGAUGGAACAACUUUUAAUCCUAUUGAUGUUUAUAAGAAUAAAUACUUUGGGAGCAGUACUGAUCCAUGUUCUCCGUUUUUACUUGUACGGAAUGCCACUUUAACGGACCAACAAUAUUAUCGGGUCGUUGUGUGGAAUGUAUUUGGAAAGUGCACGAGCAACAAAGAAUUUUUACAAGUUACAGGAGAUCGACCAAACAUGUCUGGAGGAACAUGCACUUUACAAGGCCACGCAGUCAAACUGAGAUGUGAUGUCUUUCUUUAUGACGAAUCACCUGCACUGACUGAUGUGUAUUGGACUAAAGGCGGUAUCAAGCUUGACAUUGCAACACACAAUGGAAAAUAUUUGGGAGUAAAUCUUACUGAUCCGUCACUGACUAUUAACAACGUCAAUUAUAAUGACGCUGGCAACUAUCAACUAAUUGCGGACAACGCGGUUGGUGAGACAAGAAGCGAAGUAAUUAUAUUAGGUUUGCCAGAGGUAUUUUUAGGAAAAUAUGACAAAAAGGAGGAUGGUAGCCUGUCGUUUACAAUGACAAUAAAAUCGGUACCAGUUCCACAUGCUGUGCAAUGGCGCAUGAUAGAAAAUGGUUCCGACACGUUUGAACCAAUCAAUGUCAAUGCUUCAGAAUACAAAGGAACAUCGAAUACAUUUCCUCAUCCUGUAUUGGUCAUAAAACAUGUAGAAAAAAUUGAAAAUUGCAGCUUUGAAAUAGAGGUUAAAAACCUAAUCGGAACGGUUAAAAAAGGAUUCCAGGGGAACAUCAGUGAAGACAUUCUGAAGAGAAAACAAAGUUCUCUUGGAAAGUUUCACACAAAUGGUGGAUCUCGUGUUCCGUUUAGCAAAUUGCUUAAAAAACUAGCAGAUGAGUUUCCUUUAGAAAAGGUUAACCAACUGAAAUAUCUCAUUCGACUAUCUUGCGAUAUUAAAGAAGUGAAAGAAUUGAAUAAGGCAAAGAAUGCAGCAGAUUGCUUUAUGGUUCUUUGGAAAGAAGAGAUUAUUACCACAUCGAACGUUAUUGCCAUGCAGUUUUUACUUCAAGAGACAAAUUCUGAAGAACUGGAAAGGAAAUGCGUUGAGUAUGCUAUAAAACAGAACGCAAUAUAUUAUUACGAAAAGCCACCAGAAAACGGAUGGCGAAACAUUCGUUUCCACGUAGAUGCAAAUUUACAUCAUUUUAGUACCGAUGAUGUAAUCAAAAUAAGACAAACUGUCGCAAAUAUAGUUGACUGUUCUAUAGAAGAGAUCCGAGUUCAUGGAUAUCUCAGAUCAACGAGUUUUUUCAUAGUGCUAGCAAUCAAAGAGAUUUACAUUGAAAGACUUUUAGCUAUGACGCACCACGACAAAGAUAAACUUAGAAAACUAAAAAUUGACUAUAUACGAGAUGGUUUCAAGACAAUAAAUAUGCAGCGAACAACAGAAUCACCUAAAGAAGAGGGCAUCGCUGACAAAGAAAAGAAAGAUGUGUCGAAAAAAGCAAACGUGACGUUACAAGUACAAGGGGUUUCAAUUGAUAAAUUGAAUUGAGUGGCAAGACAAUUUUGAUGACGUUGAGACCCUGUCAUGUGAACUACGACAAAGAGAAAUUAAUUACCAAAUACUAGUAGCAUUGUGCAAAGAAGUUAAACAGAACAAAAAUUGAUAUUCGUUUUAGUUCAAGUGUGUAUCAGGACGGCAUGCAGUGCAAUGGCGAAAACGUAUGUUGUUAUUGCUGCAUCGACUUUGAUCUGCUUCAGAUCCAUCGGAACUUUUUUCACCGUGUGUUUUGUUGCAUUAUCCAAACGGCUGCACACUCCAACAUACGUCCUGAUUGGUUACCUACCAGUGUCUGACGUACUCGCCUCCGUGACGCGAUAUGUUCGCAUUCCAUCCGGUUUAAUUGAAUAUUUUGAUGAUAAUUCUAGAAGUAUUAUGUAUCGGACAUUUACUUUGUUGCAUUCAUUCAGCAUUUUUUCAUAUGGUUUUAGUAUAAUAUGUACUUUUUGUCAUAGCUAACCAUCUGCACAGUUUGAAACUGAGUUCUAAAACAAUAUUGUGGAUGUUUUUUGCCGUUUGGAUAAGCUCUAUUGUCGUUUCCAUCGGAUAAGGAAUUAGUGAAGUGCUAUUGUUAUUCGAUGUAUUAUCUAUCGAAACAGCAGUUUUUGCUGAGGUUGUGCUCGGCUUGUAUGUUUCUGAGAUGCCAUUUAUUGUAGUAGUUUUCAAUGUUCGAAAGCUGUAUUAUCUGUAUAACCAAACAGCUUCUGUUCGACGAACAAAAAUAGCAAAUUCGAUGUCGUUGAUGUUUUGGAUUAUUAUCGUGAUCUAUCUUCUCAGCACAAUUUAUCCUUUAAUUUACGUAACUGACUAUGCAGUGUUAAAAGACAUACUACUUCUAGAUAGAAGCCUAUACAUGGUUUAUGAUAUGUUUGUUUUUCCAUUGCUUGUUAAUAGGUGUUUUAAUCCUUUGAUUUAUUUCAUGUCUUCACCCCCUGUUUUUAAGACUUGUAUCACGAUUAAGAAGAUGUAGUAACAGAUGUACAAAUGCUUAAAUAAUAAAAAACCUGUACUCACAAUAAAAAUAACUGAGAAUGUAUACCCUUUAACUCCCACAAUUAGCAAAGGCCACUUUUGAAGUGGAACUUGGACUUGGUUCAUGAGAUGUUUGGUUUUUUUUCAUUGCUUGUGAAUACUUGUUUGAAUUCUUUGAUAUAUUUCAUGUUUUCGCCCCCUGUUUUAAGACUUUGAUCCCGAUUAAAACAUGUGGUAACAGAAGCACAAAUAUAUAACCAAUUAUAGUCACAUUAAUAUGUACUCAGAAUGAAAACAAGAAAAGAAGAAUUGAUAUCAAAUUAUUUUUUUUGUGAGCAGAAUUAUAAAAUCAUUAUUGGGUAAAUGAUAUCGAUUGCGAUGUACUUUUUUUGCAAAAAACGCUUUUUCUAUCAGAAAAAGAAACUGUUUACAAAUCCAGGUGGAAUAGUACAUCUUUUCACUGUUUUUCUAAUUCAUCGCAUUGCAAGGGUGUUUCAAUUUUUAUUAGUAGUACAUUUCAUUUUAAACUCAUAAACCAACUCAGAUCGGCCGACGGCAGGAUAAUUGUACUAAUAAUUGGACAUAACAACGAAACUAUUACACUUCUUUACUUAUAUGCACCAAAUACUGAACACGAUAGAGUUAGCUUUUUUAAAAAUGUUUCAAAUUGGAUAUCAAUGUACUGUAUGAAUGAAAAUAAUAUAAUUCUUGUUGGUGACUUUAAUUGCUCUGUGUCAAAGGAAAAAGACAAAUGUUUAAACAGUUUAAAAAAUUUACAAUUUCGUUUUGAACUAAUUGACUUGUGGCAAAAAAUAAAACCAAAACAUGACGGGUUCACCUGUUGUGAUGGCAGCAACUCUGCUAAAAGUAGAAUAGACUAUACAUUUUUAACUCAACAUUUUUGCUACAGACCGGAAAAUAUCUACUCACGAAGGCCACCGCUUGUGUCUAACAUAAGACUGAGUGACCACAUAGCUAUCAUAUUUAAAAGCGAAAUUUCUUCCAGUAGUAGAGGGAAAGGAUUCUGGAAACUGAAUACAUCCGCUCUACAUGAUUUAAAAUAUUGCUAAAUGAUAAAUCAAUUUCUACUUAAUUUGACUGAUGACAUUAAACUACAAACAAAUCUGAAAAUUAAAUGGGAAUUAAUAAAACUAUGUCAAAUAUCUUAGCAUAGAAUACUGUAAAGAAAAAAAUAGAAAUAUAAAAAAAAACUACUAUUCAUUGAAAAUGAAUUGGAGAAGAUAGAAAGUCAACAUUACUUAAACAUUUGUCAUUUGUAGGGUGGGGCCACAAUGGGGGUCAUAUUUUAACAAAGGAAUAUAAAGAGUAAAUCUUUAAAAAUCUUCUUCUCAGAAACUAAUCGGCCAGCAAAGCUGAAACUAGUGUGGAAGCAUCCUCAGGUAGUUGUGAAAAUUAUGAUCCCCAGGGGUAAGAUGGGGCCACAAUGGGGGGUGAAUUUUACAUAGGAAUAUAUAGAAGUAAUCUUUAAAAAUCUUCUUUUCAGAAACUAAUCAGCCAGCAAAGCUGAAACUUGCGUGGAAUCAUCCUCAGGUUAUUGUGAAAACCAUAACCCCCAGGGGUAGGAUGGGGCCACAAUGGGGGAUCGAAGUUUAACAUAGGAAUACAUAGAGUAAAUCUUAAAAAAAUCUUCUCAAAAACCAAUCAGCCAGGAAAGCUGAAUCUUGUGUGGAAGCCUCCUCGGGUAGUGUAAAUUCAAAGUUGUGAAAAUGAUGACCCCCGGGGAUAUGGUGGGGCUACAAUGGGGUUUCGAAGUUUAACAUAUGGAUAUAUUGAGUAAAUCUUUAAAAAUCUUCUUCUCAGAAACUAAUCAGCCAGGAAAGCUGAAUCUUGUGUGAAACCCUCCUCAGGUAGUGUAGAUUCAAAUUGUGAAAAUCAUGACCCCCGGGGGUAGGGUGGGGCCACAAUGGGGGUUGAAGUUUUGCAUAGGAAUAUACAGAGUAAAUCUUUAAAAAUAUUCGACUCAGAAACUUAUCAGCCAGGAAAGCUGAAACUUGUGUGGAAGCAUCUACAUGUAGUGUAGAUACAAAGUUGUGAGAAUCAUGACUCCCGGGGGUAGGUUUAUGCCACAAUGGGGGGUCAAAGUUAAUCAAAAGAAUAUAUUGAGUAAAUCUUUAACAAUCUUCUUCUCAGAAACUAAUCAGCCAGGAAAGCUGAAACUUGUAUGGAAGCAUCCUCAAGUAGUGUAAAUUACAAGUUGUGAAAAUCAUGAUCCCCAGGAGUAGGGUGGGGCCACAAUGGGGGUUAAAGUUUAAAAGGAAUUUAUAGAGUAAAUCUUUAAAAAAUCUUCUUCUCAGAAAUAAAUCAGCCAGAUGAUUCUUUAUAAUUGUUAAGACCUUGGCCCCAGGACAAUUCUUUGGCCUCACAAGAAAGUUCAGAGUUUGAUGUAGGUUUAUAUCCCAUAUAUAAACUAUAGUUAAGGA